GCAACCAAAUGAUUUAUUAGUAUUUUCAAAGCGACUUCCGUCUCCUACAGCAAGUCCAUCAGCCAGUAUUUUAAAACGUAAAUUUCAUAAUGAUAGUCUUGAAGAAGCAUCUGUAGAAUCACCUGCGUAUAAACGUAAAAGAGUUAGUUUCCAUGAUCCACCUGUAUCAGUUACAAAAGAAUUUGUAAAGGAUCCUGAAGAUAAUAAAAACAGACCUAAGCGCUGUCUUCUUUUAGAAAAAGUUCAAAGUACUCCCGACAGUAAACUUAAAAGACGAAGCAAAAUCGAGAGCUUAAAUGAAAUGAAAAAUCUACAAACAAUUAGUGGCCAAAAAAAUAAAAUUUCCGACAAGGCCAAUAGUAGUUCAACAAACAAUGUUAUAAAUAUUGAUAAUGACAAAAUUUCUCCACCUUUAUUAGAUGAAGCAAAUGAAAACAUGCCUUGUCCUGAAGAUGCACUAAAUACAGUUGUUCAACAGUUUCCAUUGGAAACGGUAUUGGAAAAAUAUUUUUCAACAGACACGAAUUCGGCAGUAAGCCUUUCAAAUGUUUUGGCAAAAUUUGUUUCAAAUUACAUGAGUUCAAAUCAAAAAAUUAGAACCAACGUUUUAGAUAUAUUAUCAGAAGAUCAUUCAAAAGAUUUUUUGGAUCAUGCAAUACAGGAAAAUUUAUCAACCGUAGUGUGUGAUCGUUUAAAUUUGAAUUCAGUUAUUGAAUAUAUAUGCGCCAAGUCAAAAAUUAAUACUACAUGUCGUAAUAAUCUAAUAACACAAAUUCCAUUCAUAUUUAAACAUUCGAAGCUAGAAAGUGAAAGAAUUGACUUUAUUAAGGACUUGAUGCGUCAGAAUAAUUUAACCGAUACAGAAAUAGUAAAUUUAUUAUCUUCAAUAAUGCAAAUGCGUGCAGUUUGUGACAACAAAUCAGUGGGAGUAUCUGAAUCAGCUGUGGAUUCAUCGUCAAAUUUGUAAACACGCAAAAUUUAAAUGGUUUUUAUAUUAUUUUAUUAUACUACAUAUAUUAUUUUAAAUCAUUAUUUAUAAAACUUUGAAUUCAUUAUAAUUUAAACAAUAUUCAACUUUAAUUGUUGAUUACAUUAUGUCCUAUUAUAUACUUUAAUUUAUCUGACUGCCAUAGUAAAUUAAAAAAAAAAUACUUUGUAUUAAGAUAGAACUUCAAAUAUUAUUCGAGCUGUUCGAAAAUGUACGCAUUUUAAUGUUGUUGUUGUAGCCAGCUGGGUAGUCCGCUUGAGUAGUAUCUUUUGAUUGUGGUGAACGGCACUUUGUUGUGGAGCUCGACGUUUGGUUCCAGGACGUAGACCCGGCUGUUCUUGGAACUUUUUUUAAUGUUCGAGAGCGUGCUUGUAUAAACACGAAAUGGUGCUGGAAUGUUUGCUAUUGUUUUUUUGUAUAAAACAAAUAAAAAGAAACAUAAGUAUUUUUGUUGUUCGAGCAGCUCAAAUAUAUUUAAAAAAUUCGAACAUUUUGAAACAUUUGAAGUAUGGUCGAACACUUUGAAGCACUAGUUAAGAUUAAAUAAUUAUAAAAUAUUUACUAAGAUAUUUUGUGAA